GGAGCGAAGACGCAGGAUUGAAUGUCUGGUUGUUGAGCAGUGUCUUGGAUGACUCGACGGACGAAGUUCCAUCACCCUAUUAUUCGUGGUCAGAUCAUUCACUGCCAAUUACAGACGUGGCAUGUGGUAUCGGUGACUUUUGUUCUGCAAGAGUGUUGACCUCAUCUUUAGAUCAUACCUGCAAAUUGUGGGAUUUGUCCACCGGAUAUCUCUUAACUACCUUUGUUUUCCCUACUGCCAUAACUGCCGUCGCACUUGAUCCCGCGGAAAGGAUGUUUUUCGCGGGCGGUAGAGAUAACCUCAUUUAUCAAGUGAAUCUGUACCGAAAACUUGAUAACUCAAGUUUCGGGAUUGAGAUCACUUCCGUUGGAGGCGGCGGCAUAAUUGAAGAUGUCGCAUCCCAGCAUCGUGAAAAUGAUACUGAUGAUAGUAUUCCUUCUUGUAGCUCACCUAUAACGACACUUUCACUUUCUUACGACGUUACCCUCAUCUUGUCAGGCUCUCAAGACGGCAAUGUGAGGGUAUGGGAUGUUAAUAGCAGGCAAAUGAAUCCUAAAGUGAUCCGACCCAUAAUUUCAAAAAGGUCCAGUGACGAAUUUGAUUACGUUCCUAAGACCACCAGAUCUUUUCAAAAUCGGACCCAGCAGAGUCUGAUACCAGAAGAUUCUGACGCCGAGGAAUCCGUGGUUUUGGUGUUAAGCGAUAAUACAAAGAUCGGAGACGAAACCACGGCACUUCAAACAAAAGUAUCGGAACUACAAUCUGAGCUUAAUCGUAUUCGUGGACAUUAUCAGCGCGUCAAAGGUUUGCACGACGAGAUGUACCAGGAAUUGGUUUCGGAGUUUAUGACAAAGAGAAGGGAGGGAAACUGA